AUGCCAUCAUUUUCGAAUCCUGAAAUAGAUAAAACUGAUAUUGUUGGUGGCAAACUAGAUCUUCAUACGCUUGGCCUAUCAACCUCUAUAGCAAUUGAAUAUCUCGAACAUGUAAAAAUUCUCUUAGAAAAAAUUAAGCAAAAACAACCAAAAGUAGUUAGUCAUCCUUCUUUUACCAAAGUUCCAAGAUUUAAUUUAUAUUGCGCAAAUGAAGCUAUAGCCAUUCCUUAUGUUAGUCCAAUGUUGGCUGAAAGUUUAGAAAAUCUGCUACCCAUUUUAUAUCAAGUAGGUGAUAGUGAAAGAUUUCUGAAUUCAAAUAUUUUAUUCAGUUUCAGAGCUUUCGAUCCAAGUAAAUUUCAAUUACCUAAAUACACUACAACAAAUUUUGCUAAUUUACCAUUCAAAGAGUUAACUAAAGUAAUUCUUGAAGUUUAUAAAGAAGCAUGUCAUUAUUUUCAAAGUUUUGUGCCCAACAAAAUUACUCAAUUUUCAAUAGAAUGUUCUUGCGAUUUUAUUAAGAAUUACAUACUUAAUAAAAACACACCAAAUAAAGCAGAAAACAAAUCUUUUCAAGAUAUUCCAAAGGCUAUUAAUGCUGUUGCAAUUACUCUUAAUUGUGAUGUUAAAGAGUUAGAUGAGAAAUUUCUUGAAUGUUUAAAGUGGAAGAAUAUUGGUAUUGUCCCGGAUUUAGAAGUUGAAGCUUGA